CAAUAAGCCCUCUGCGGUGCCUUUCGGCAAGGCGGGAAAAUCAAAGUUAAACACAUCUCUUGCUUUGCUUCAUUCCAUUCUCCCGAAUCAGAUUUUGGUUCCUCUCUUCAGUAUAUUUCCGAAAUCAAGAAGCACGGAACUUGACCGAAGCCAAAAUUGAUGGCGGCCCACGAGUAUCCAAGGUUCUCUCGCUCUGACAUCAUCACCGUUCUCACAGAGUUCAACAUCGCUUCCGUCAAGGACGCCGAUCUCAGAAACCCUACUUUCGACUCCGUCUCCGACCUCUACACCCGAAUCCUCAUCUAUCUCGACGUCCUCAACGAAGAAGAGAAAGGGCAAGUCGAUUUCGAGGCUCUGGAGCAACUGGAGAAUCCGGAUCAUCACACCACUUCAGCUCCGGCUAUGAUUCUUUACGUCAAACUCAAAGAUACGUUGGAGAUGGUGGACUGUCCACUAAACAUCAAUUUCAAGGAUCUGAUACGUCCAGACUCUUCCCGCACCGAGUAUUUCAUCAGUGCCCUUUUGAACUAUGGUCUACACAAGGAGUCGAAAAUGGAGCUUAUAAGACCAGUGAUGGAAGAGUUGUCUCUUCUUGAUGAGCAACGGAUGCAAUGGGAGGCCAAGAUUGCUCAGUUGAAUGCAGAGAUUGCAGAGUUUGAUGAAGCCUCUGAAAGAGAUUUGCCUUUUGUUCAAGAGCUGGAAACGAACAUUGAAGAACUCAAUCAGAAAAUAUCAGAACUCAAUAACCAGCAGCUGUCCCUGCGAGCUACUUUCAACAAAAUGAGAGAGGAGAGUACACUGAUGGAUAACAAGAUUUCGAAAGCAGAGUUUGACCUUGUGCAAGUUGUCCAAGAAAAUGCAAACCUCCGCUCACAAAUUGUUCAAUCCCCAGACAAACUACAGGGAGCUUUAGAAGAGAAGAAACUAGUGCUCGAGGAAACAAAGAAAGCUGAACGAUUGGCAAUGGAGACUUUCCAGGAAAAGGCUGCCAUUCUUGAGGUUUAUGAAAAGGCGUUCAAGAAAAUGUCAAAGUCAUCUGCGCAACUGCAAUUAAUUAACGAGCAGGUAACCAAUGUGAAAGCAAUUGAGAAAGAUCUAAAAUCUCAGAAAGCAAAGUUAAGUGAGGAUGGAGCGUUGUACAAAUCACUUGAGGCGAAAGUGGUUGAGCGAGAAAGAACAGUGAAACAGUUGCAUGAAUCGCUGAAGCAGCUAGAGAAAGAGAAAGAAGUCAUGUUUAAUGAUUGGACUAAACAAUUGAAUGAAUUAAAAGUGGAAGUUGUAUCCAAAAGACGUCAACUUGAAGCCAGACAAAAUGAUGUUGAAUCAGUUGUUGCUUUGGUUGAUGAGAAUUCUGCUAAGACUAACCAGGUGAAACAAUCAGGAGAAGCUAAAGUGAAACAAUUAGCAGCUAAAUAUGAAAAGAUCGUGGAGCAGUUUCAUGAAUACACGGUGACAUUUGGAGCGGUUCUUCAAGUUUCUGAAGAGGAAAGAAGGUUUGAUUGAGUUAAAGUGAAGGUAGAAAAAGAUUGUAAUGUUUCUUCACAUUUCAAACCAAAUUAUUGUGAUAUGUAUUAUUUCUUGGAAAAUGUUAUAGUUGUGCUUGUUUCUUGAGUUUCUGAGUAUUGAAGAAAAGACAAAAUGCUUUAAAAAUCUAACAAUAUUAAAAAGAAAACUAGAUUUUGACCUGCGCUUUGAAAUCGC